GAAUAGAUCUGUGCAUACACAUGCUAAUGAAGAUAAACAUUGAAUAGGUCACGUGACUCCGGCAGGCGAUCAAUACACACUCUGCUGUACAUCGGCUGUGUGUAUCUGAAUGUAGUGUGUACAUACGCGUACGAACCGAAGCCAAAAGUCAGUCUGUGUUUACGGCAAUAGUCCAUACGUUUACACGCUUGCAAAGGGCGAUGCAUCGAACCACUCAAAUGAAAAUCACGGAUCUGAACCCUCAUCUGGUGUGUAUCUUGUGCGGAGGGUAUUACGUCGACGCAACAACAAUCAUAGAAUGUCUACAUUCCUUCUGCCGGACUUGCAUCGUUCGCUACUUGGAGACGAGCAAGUAUUGUCCGAUCUGUGACGUCCAAGUGCAUAAGACAAGGCCAUUACUCAAUAUAAGGUCUGACAAGACACUACAAGAUCUAGUCUACAAAUUAGUUCCUAGUCUAUUUAAAACUGAAAUGCAGAGGCGACGAGAGUUUUAUACGGCACACCCAGAAGCAGCUACUAGUCGGUCAGUGUCUUCCAGUGAGGAGCGAGGUGAAGUUGAUGUAGAGAGACCCAUAUACACGGAGGAUGAAAAUAUAAGUCUAUCAUUGGAAUAUAGUUAUAACGGGAAACCUGUGGAUGAGGUGGAUCCAUCUUCAAUAGAGGACAAGAAGGAGGCUCCAGACCGGCGUUAUUUACUCUGCCCAGCAGCAGUGACUGUUGGGCACCUCAAAAAAUUCAUAAAAAUGAAAUUCGACCUCACACCAAAUCAUCUCAUUCAGAUCUUCCAUACUGAUGAGUUUUUAACCGACCAUUACACGCUGAUGGAUGUGGCUUACAUCUACACCUGGCGGCGGGUAAGUCGAGAUAUGGUGGCCCUCGGCCGCAACUCGGAGAAACCGCCGACCCCCACCACUUCAACCGGCGAGAACAGCGCCACAAACGUUGAUGAGGGGGCCGUACACGAAACUCCCCAGUCACGUCCGAGCACUAGUGCAACUCACUGCCGGGCCCCGAGCCCAGGACAGACGGGGGGCGACUCAAAGGCGCCCGAAAAGAAAGGGCCGCUUCGUCUAUUCUACACGAUCUACUCAAGAAAUGGUACUCGGAAACGGAAACUGAUCAAAGAAGACGACAAAACAAAUUCUACAGAAGUGCCAAACAAAAAACCACACGCUGACGGGUGCAGCGAAAAACCGACACAAAACGGAACGACGGAGGAAUCACCAAAACCUGAGGAGGAAAUCACGGAGGAAAAACCAAAACCGAAAGAAAAUAAUGACAGUUAUACUGAACCUCCACAGGAAAAGGAACUGGACUUGUCAAAAAAGCCAGUGCUUGUAGAAAAUGGCACAAAUGGCAAUGCCACAGAGACCUCUAUUGGUGAAAGUUUACAAAAUGGCGACGAUUCGCCUGACAAUAAGGAAACAAAGGACGAUAGCGAGGCUUCCAAGUGACGCGUAUUCUACUUCAUGAAAUGAAUAAACUCUAGCCUUUGAUAGGUUCCGCUCAGCUGGACUGGUGAUUUAAGUCUACCGGGUGUUUCCGAUUAGAUUGGAUGUGUUUCAAAAAGAACUUCCAAAGAUUGGUCAGCAUUGAAGGCAUUGUCUGUAAAUAAUACCACCGUUGCCUCCAAUCCUCUCCCUCUUACCCCUGUUACAAGCUGACACGUAUUGAGAUGUACUGACUCCGAAGUGGUAUCGCCUAUAUAUAAAUGGAAAUGAAAUUUCUUUUUGGGACACACCGUAUGAUAUCGGCAAUCAAUGAGUGUUUGUAUACAUGUAUUGUGUACCAUUGAAGGGUCAGUGUUUUGAAGUUACUUUUUUUGUUUUACCUGUUUCUAUCAAAUAGAAAGAUUACUGUUUAACAUCGUCAUCUAUCAUAACAACUGUACAUUGAUAGUGCAUUUGAAUGCACAUACCGAAGAAGACUAUUAAUGUAAGGUUCGUAUGAUAGAUGGCGACACUGUCUAUCUGGUCUUGUCGGCAACUAAUUUUUUCAAAAUUGCACUUGUUCUGCGUGCUCGAAAACAAUCUAUUUGGGGCGUUUAACUUUCGCGAAUAACACCAAUUCGCGAAAGUAAAAAUCAAGAAAAACGUUCGUUGUUGGUGUCAGUUCAAGUCUGUUUUUCUUGGCGAGAGAGAGAGAGAGUCACUUGGAGUUUUGAACACAAGUGUUGGAUACAAAAUCUCUGACAGAAAUCAACCAAUCAAAACCUGCUGUGUCUUUGGCUCGGUCCUGGGGUCUCUUUAGCAUAGGUACUGGACCGAUACUUAAGCACAUUCAGUGGUUUCUGCUCUGACAUUUGUUUUGCAUGCCCUGUUGCAAGGGAAAUACAAUGUACUGUAAACAUCGACUGACAGGGUGUUUUAAGAUGGCUGUCCAACUGCUGGCACUGACAUCUUCAUUUGUGCAUUGAAAGAACACUCUUAAAUCAAACAGAUUAGUUAUUGGACGGUUCGUUAAUAGCAAAACAGCCUCUGACCAUUCAAAAUGGCGGCUGUUUGUUUUCUUCAAGAUUGUAUUACUCCAGCACGGUAUCUAUGAUUUUGAAAAAUGUAUAUUAAAGGUGCUACAUAAUGUAA